AUGAUAAAUAAUAAAAAAAUAUUAUUUUUUGUUAAUAAUCAAAUAAUUAAAUUAAUUAAUAAUAAUAAUUUAAAAUUUCAAUAUAAAUAUUUUUCAACUACAAAUUUAAUUAAAAAUGAAGUAAAACAAAAUUUUAAAGAAAAUUCUUCUUUAAUUGACUCUUUUGGACGUUUCCAUAAUUAUUUGAGAAUUUCAAUUGUUGAAAAAUGUAAUUUACGUUGUAAGUCUUUUAAAAAGAUUUUUUCGUAUUUAAUUAGUGAUCGGAGUUAGACGAGAUCUCGAACAGAAACUUCGGUUUUUGAAAUAAUAUUUUUUGAGAUAACGAUCUCGAUUCUCGUAAGAGACUCUCCGACUCUACAAGUCAAGUUUCCUGAUUCCCCCUGAAUUUUUACAAAAAUUCUCUCCUACGUCCUGUACGAACCUCCAAGCCUCCAAGUCAAGUCUCCUGAUUUCCCCUCUAAAUUACCUAAUACAAAAAUUCUAUUCCACGUCCUACAACUGUAAGCAUUUACUCAUUUUUGGAGUGGAGUUCUUGAAAGAUCUACAA